CAUCUCAACUUCCGGUUGCUGCUAGUUAGUUAAAUAUGAUAAAUACAUUCAAGAACCACCUGCAACUGGUAUCCCUUCCAUCUUGGCUGGGGGUAGCUGGCUGGCGGCUCAAGGUAGGCGUAGGGGGCCUGGUCUUUCCAAGUGAAGAAGCUGGAGAAUGAGCAUAAUUUGAGACUUUAUAUUUUAUUGUGCAGUAUUUUGGACCUGGCCCAGCCUUUGUGAAGAGCAGAGGAGUCUGAGUCAGAGCUGAAGAUGGUCUGAUGGACCUCCGCUUUUUGCUGACUUUCCUCUUCUGCUCAGUCUCGUGGAUUUUCUUCUGGGAAGUGCGCUGGAAGAAAGGCAAAGAAAAUCAGAUCGAAGAAUGGAUUCAAGGCCACGGUCUCUCCGAAUACAAAUACUUAUUUGAAGAUGUGCAGACUCUGGAGGAGCUGUGCCUGAGUAUUCUGACACGUCUGGAGGACGUAGUGAGAGAGAAGCGGCGCUGGAGGGACAUCGCAGAGGCUCACAUCCAGCUGCUGCGAGACUUUGCCUUCCAGGAGUGGCUCUGCUCUCAGAGCCUUGAGCACUACUAUCAUAUACUGAAGACCUUGGGUUGUAUGACUCUGGAUGAUCUAGCCCAGUUUGACAGCCAGUUGCAGCUCUCUCUUGCUGCGUGGGGAUACUACUACGAAGACUACAUCAAGCUGUCCACGGGCGUCAAGGUUCUCCAGGCCUCUAGGGGGAGCCGCGACCAGGACUACGAGAUCCAACUGGUGCACAGUCUUGCUGAAAGGCGCCUGAAUGAGAAGUGGUCUAUCGCGGGAGCUUUUAUAUUUGGCUGUACUGUGGCACUGUGCUUUCUGAUAAGGGACCUCAUGUUUUACGUGAUUGGUGGAAUUACUGUUUCCAUCAUAGCGUUUGGCUUUACCAUCAAGUUCCUAUGUGAGCUUGCUGCGCGGGUGGUUAGCUUCCUACAGAAUGAUGACCCUGGGAGGAGGGGCGACCGCAGCAUCUACGACUAUGUACGGGGGAACUACCUGGACCCGCGCUCCUGCAAGGUGUCCUGGGAUUGGAAGGAUCCACAGGAAGUGGGCCAGACUAUGAGCUUCCGUGUUCAGCUCUUCUAUAAGAACGGCCAGCCCUUCCCUGCCCACCGGCCUGUGGGGUUAAGGGUCAACAUCAACCACAUAGAGCUGGCCCUAGACAUCCCCAUCACCCAGGAGGUUCUGCAGGAGCCAGAGUCCAAUGUGGUCAAAGUGGCCUUCACUGUCCGCAAGGCCGGACGCUAUGAGGUAGCUGUCAAACUGGGAGGACUCAACGUGGCCUAUAGCCCUUACUACAAGAUAUUCAAGCCAGGGAGAGUGGACCCGUCCAAAACAAAGAUAGCCUACCACUUCUCCACCCUGGUCUUAGUAUAUGGCCAGCAGCAUACCCUGCAGAUCGAGCCUCGGGACGAGUAUGGCAACCCCACCAGUAACUCCACCUCACUAAUAGACGAAGUCAACUACAGCAUCCACGUCCACUCGCUGGGCACGGUGGAUGACGACAGUCUGGAGGAGUACUACAGUAAGUCAGUGUCGUCCAACAAGCAGCUGUGCCAGGUACUGCUGAAGAUCACCCUGAGGAAGAAGGGCUGUUUCCGGGUAUGCAUCUCCUAUACCGACCUGCCCCUCAGCAACGGGGAGUUUGACAUCAUUGUUCUCAGUGAGAAUGAGAAGAACUGUGUGGAGAAGAACGUGUCCACCACAGGGAUCAGCAUCUACUUUGAGGCGUACCUGUAUGGCACAGGGAACUACAGUAACUACAGUAACUCCUCGUGGCAGCUCCCAGCCUCGGCUCUGAUGGCCCCUCAGAGACGGCCCUCCAUGGGGGACGAGGAGGACGAGCAUGACUCCCCUGUAGAGGGCCAGCCGGAGAAGGUCAAGAAACCAAAAAAGGUCUACUGCUACAUAUCGCCAAAGCAACUGUCCGUGAAGGAGUUUUACCUGAAAAUUAUUCCAUGGCGCCUUUUCACCUUUCGAGUUUGCCCAGGGACAAAGUUCACAUACUAUGGCCCUGACCCCAUUCACAAGUACUUGACUCUUGUGGUGGAUGAUGGGAUCCAGCCGCCAGUGGAGCUGAGCUGUAAAGACAGAAACAUCAUGGCCGCCACCUUCAUCCGUUUCCUGCACAAGAAUAUCGGUGGCUCGGAGACGUUCCAGGACAAGGUGAGCUUCUUCCAGAGGGAGCUCAGACACAUCCACUCCAAGAGACCUCGCACCAAGACCUGCCUGAAGAUCACACGCCACUGCAUCCUGGACUCUUCUCUGAAAUCCACCCGGAACUUCUCCGCGUCGGACUGGAGUAAGAACUUUGAGGUGGUGUUCCAGGAUGAGGAAGCUCUGGACUGGGGAGGGCCGCGAAGGGAGUGGUUUGAGCUCAUCUGUAAGACCCUGUUUGAUACCACCAAUCAGCUGUUUACUCGCUUCAGUGAUGACAACCAGGGCCUGGUCCACCCCAACGCGGAGCGGCCGGUCCAUCUGCGUCUGAAGAUGUAUGAGUUUGCGGGCCGCGUGGUGGGGAAGUGCCUGUACGAGUCAGCCCUGGGCGGGGCCUACAAGCAGCUGGUCCGCGCUCGCUUCACCCGCUCCUUCCUGGCCCAGCUCAUCGGACUCAGGAUGAACUACAAGUACUUUGAGACAGAUGAUCAGGAGUUCUACAAAACGAAAGUCUGCUUCAUCCUAAACAAUGAUGUCAGUGAAAUGGACCUGGUGUUUGCCGAGGAGAAGUACAAGUCAGGACAGCUGGAGAAGGUGGUGGAGCUGAUAUCUGGAGGUGCUCAGAUUGCUGUCAACAAUGAGAACAAGAUGCAUUAUCUGAACCUGCUGGCCCAGUACAGGCUCGCCAGUCAGGUGCGAGACGAGGUGGAGCACUUUCUCAAAGGUUUGAAUGAACUUGUUCCAGAGAACCUCCUGGCCAUAUUUGAUGAGAAUGAGCUGGAGCUGUUGAUGUGUGGUACGGGGGACAUCAAUGUCCAGGACUUCAAGGCCCAUGCUGUGAUCGUAGGAGGGUUGUGGCACUUCAGAGAGAAGGUGAUGAAGUGGUUCUGGGCCGUGGUGUCUAGCUUCACCCAGGAGGAGUUGGCUCGUCUGCUGCAGUUCACCACAGGCUCCUCCCAGCUGCCCCCUGGGGGCUUCAACACCCUCUGCCCCUCAUUCCAGAUCAUCGCUGCUCCCACACACAGCACCCUGCCCACUGCACACACCUGUUUUAACCAGCUGUGCCUCCCCACCUAUGAUUCCUAUGAAGAGCUGCACAAGAUGCUGAAGCUGGCCAUCAGUGAGGGCAGUGAGGGCUUUGGCAUGCUCUGAGUGGCCCUCUCCCUGGAGCUCACCCCCAGACCCCAGACUGCUUAUACAGCAGGGGCGGUACCAACGACACCAGCGCCAACCAGGCCCCUGGUAUGCCCGUUACCCUCUCAUUCCGCUUUGGACAAUGGACAUCCCUCCUCGACUCACACGGACUACCCAUGAUCCUCUUUCAGUGGUAGAGAGCAUUAAAGGAAGUCCACAGGAUGUCCCAGAAGGCUCUGGGAAGUCCUCAGGUGUCUGCACUAUGUGUAUAUACUGUACAUCGUUUGCUUUUCUAAUGAAGAAAAUGACCUAGUGUUUAAAAAGGCUUGGUAGUUUUAUUCUAGAUGUUAGAGUUGCUUAAUUGAUAUGUUUGAGACAGAAUAUAGAGCUAGUUAAAGAGCCUAAUGAGCUUGGUGUUGUAUUGGUUUUCUGAUUUCUUUUUUGUGGAAAACAUCGGAGGAACAUUUAAAUGCAAAAGCAUCCUACACAAAGUGUGGAGAAGCUGCGCACCCCAUAGCACUUUGGCCUUAACUGAUCAGGGAAGGAUGUGUGUGUAUAUAGUACGAAAAGUAUGAAAAUGUAUGUACUCACUACUUUAAGUCGCUCUGCUAAAUGAUUAAAAUGUCAAAUGUAUAUACAGUAUAUAUUAUAUCACUCUUUAAUUUCAAUAUGUGUACAUGUUAAUAGGUUGUCAUGUUAUGGCAACAGUUCAGAUAUAUUUUCAAACAGAAGGGACUUGAUAGAUCUUUGAGGUCACAUGUUUUUGUUGGUGGGAGCUGAUUCAUUUAUUUUUUGUUAUUACCGUUUCACAUCAACAAUUGACUUCAAUGUACAAAUACAUGGGUUUUCAAAGGAACAAACAAAUUACUUCCCCAUGUCAGUGUGUCUGUUUUAACUUAUGGACUGAUUUGUGUUGUUUUCACCCAUACUGUUGAUGACAAUGUUAUUUGUCUUGAGCCGUAAUAGUUUUUGUUUUAAAACCUGCCUUAUUCAA